UUUUCGCCAAUUUGUUACUUACCCUGAAGAAUUUAUAAUAAACAAACUGUGAAUCAUUUUCCAGGAUUAUUUGUUUAAUAGAGAACACUGAACAAAUUUAUAUGUUAAUUUAAUUUUACUUCAAUGUUCUAAAUCCGUUUGACGCAUACUCGUAUAUAUACAAACUGUACAACCACUGAUCAUACGGCCUUUGCGGGGUACCUAAGUAAAUGCGUACAUUUAGACACACAUACAGUUAUGACGCUUAUACAAAGCUUCUUUAACGUAAAUAAAUACAAUUUAAUUCAUGUCUUGUUUCGUACAAUAUAAGAGGUAACAUCAAUAAGGAGAACACGAACUAUAUUCUUAAAAAUUAAAUUCAUCAAUUACCAACCUAUACAAUUUUGUGACGUGUCAUUUUUCAUACUAUUAAAUAACCUGAGGAUGGAUGAAAUUACAAGCUGGGAAGGAAUAGAAAAAGAUGAAUUUUUCAAACAAUUUUUUGGAGGUAGUGAAUGUAAAAAAUCUGAUGUCAAUCAAGCAUUGUCAGUAGCACAGCAAAUAAAUAAGUUGGGACAGGCUAUCGAAAUAUUAAAUGCAGAGCUACAAAAACAAGUUUUAGCUAAUCAUGAAGAUUUACUAUCACAAGCAACAUGGGUUGAAAAAUUAGAAGGUGUACUUUCAAUAAUGCAAUCUCAUGUUCAGAGUCUUCUAUCAGCUGUAGAACGCUUGCGUGGGAAGAUUGUUGAUCCAUUUAAUAGAAUUGAAAAUCAAACUGUUGUUUUAGCCAGGUUGCAUGAAACUUCUGACUUAUUACGUAGAGUUGCCAGAAUGCAACAUUUAUCAAAACGUUUGUAUUCUCAAAUGACAAAUAAUGUACAGGGCCCAGAUAUCAUAAAAGCUGCGAAUAGUCUUCAUGAAUUAGAGCAACUGAUGAUGGAUACAGAUUUGAAUGGUUUGGAUGUAAUCGCAGAUGAUCAACAGGCUGUUAAAACUCACAGAACAACAGUGCAAAGAAUAGCCACUCACACUUUAUCUCAGGGCUUACAAACAAUGGAUAGAACAAAAGUCAGUACUGCAGUACAAGUGUUUCAAAACUUAGGAAUUGUAAAAGGAGCUGUAGAUAAUGUUAUGGACUCAGCUUUGUCAGAAAUUGAGAAAAUUGCUACAGAAUCUUUAGAUGUAACUCUAGCAACAAAUCAAGAUUUUAGUAGAAGGGGAGCACCCGGACGGGUAGCUAUCCCUUCUCCAGGAUCGUCCGGAAAUUUGCGUACGCGAAUUUGGGAAAAUUUGGAAAGACUAUUUCAAGAUACCCUUUAUACGCAGUGUUUACAAAUUGAAUUAUUACAAAGAACUCUAUUAGAACAUCACGCAAAAGAAUUAGAUGAAUUAUCGCAAAAAUUUUGGAGCAAAGUUAAUGAUUUACUUUCUAAAGUAUUAGUUGAACGCGCUCAAGGUUCCUCGUUUGUUAAACAAGCAUUAGAAGGUGAAUACCCAAAGUUUUUAAGGGUCUUUCUUGACUUAAGCAAACGAUUGAAGGAAAGAUCACAAAAUAUUGGUAUUUACAAUAUCAAUCGUGAUGUAUUGUCUCCAUUUGAAAACGCAUACUUAUCACGUUCAGUAUCACGUUUAUUGGAUCCAGUACAUACCAUGUUCUCGGGUGAAGGAUUGCCUACUCAGGACGAAAUUGAUAGUCUCAUUCGUACAGUAACAAACGAAUUAAGCGUAUCACUAGUCGAUGAUGGUCUUUCGACAGUUGUUGCCCGUAACGUAGGCAAAGCUGUAAGACUUUUCUGUUUAAAGUGUGAACAGGGGUUAUUUGUGGGAGGAGAAGCUAGUCAAGUAAUCGAUUCGCCUACCACUGUACAACAGACUAACGUGUCUCUCGCAAACCUGCUGUAUUAUCUUUCUAGUCAAAUAAGUCGUGUAGUGGCGAAUUUGUCUGCUGGUUUGCCAACUGAAGGAAGUACCAUAAUUUCUGUAGCUCUGAAGGAAACAGAUACGCUAACAAAGAACAUACUGGCACCGUUAUUAUCCUCUAUCAGCGAUGCUAUUGAAAGUAUUAUAUUAACUAUGCACGAUGAUCCAGAGUUUCGGGACCCAAGCAGUCCUUUAGGAAAAGAAAUUAACUCUUCAUUGUACAUGCGCGAAUUACAAGGGUUUAUUUUACGUUCUGUGAACACAUUCCUUGUUCCAUAUAAAAAUCAAAUCGUUGUUGCCGAAUGCUGCAAGACAGUUGCUUCGCGAUGUAUCGAACUUUUUGUAAGACAUGCUUGUUUACUAAGACCUUUAACAGAUUUUGGAAGAGCAAAACUCAUUGUUGACUUCAGUCAGAUAGAAGUAGCUGUUGCUCCAUUGUGUAGAGGUGGACAAUUAGGUUCAUCAGAACAACAACAAUAUAGAACAUUGCGAGCAUUAAAAGUAUUGCUUCCGCUUAGUCCAGAAGAAAUCGUCCAAAAAGUGUUAGAUGGAGCAGGAGAAAGCGGAAUACCACGCUCUCUUAUUCUUCUGCAUUUAUUUUGCACAGCACCUCCGGAACUGGUAUCUCCACAUCAGAGUGCAAGUUGGUCGGUGGGACGAUUGUCCCAAUGGAUGGAUAAACAUCCAAAUGAAAGGGACAGAUUAACUUUUUGUAGUGGUCCGUUAGAACGUUAUCAAUUAACUGUCAGACAACAUAAUCUUCCAUCGUUUCAUCCGUUAUUUCCAUUAAUGAAAAAGUUGGCUAAUUUGGAUGACCAUUAAAAUUUGUAAAAUUUGUAAACAUAAUGUGUAUUUUGCCAAGAAUUUUCCACGUUUGUAUGCAAUAAUACUAAUGAAUUCUGUAUAGUAAUUUAUUAAUAUAAUCAAAAAGAAUGGUUAAAUCAUUUUUUAUUACGUAUAAAUUAAUCUCUGGAUAUAUACUCUUCUAAGUAAGUAUAUACUAAUAAUUGUGCCAAUACUUAAAGACAGUAGCCAUUUUGAGUUAUGUCUUUUUGGACCUAUAUAUGUAGCUGGUAUACCAAUAUCAUUUUUCUUUUUCACCUACAUUAGGAAAAAGUAUUUUGAAAUAGUUUAUAUAUAAUAUGUAAUUCAUAUAGAGUACUUGCUUACCCUUUUAGAAAGUGCUUUUACUAGCGUAAGUUCCCUUUUAAGAGUGCCCAGUGUCUUUUGGGUUUUUUUCAGUUCUUCCUCAUAAUUGGAUAUUUGUUCUGAAGUUAAGUAUACAUUUUCAUUAUUUGCUGCCAAUAAACCAUUUUUAAUGUACUGAAAACUAGAACCUAUGACUGCAAUUUGUUUAGAUAUAAUACCCAAAGAGACAACACCAUCAUAUAUUCUGGAAAAUAUGAAAAAAAUGUUGAGUUUAUAUCUGAAAUAAUUUUUUAGAAUUAUAAUUUUCAGAAGAAACAUACGUAUAUGGUAAGGACUUAUCAAUACCACCGAUACUGCGUAUAUUCCACUUUUUUCUAUGAAACUUAUGGAGAAAUUCCAUAAACUGUGUCCUAUGGGCCUUUAUUUCUACUUUUAAAUUGCACAGAUCGUUUUCAGUUAAUUUCAGAAAAUUUUUAAGGGUCAUCCCUUCAAAAUUACGAGCAUAUGUUUCUAAUCCCAUACCAUUUAAAAUUGUGAAUACAUCAAAGUCAAUAGUAUGAGCAUUUAUAACAGUUAAUGAUGGAAACAUAUCUUUCCAAUCAUAUAUUUUAGAUAUUUCACUGACUGUUAUUACUUCUUCUUCUUCAUUGAAGUUUAAUAAGGAUACUAUCUGUAAUGGUUAUAUAAAUAUUGCUUGGUAUUUUAUACUGGUACAUCAACUUAAUAUUAUUUACCUUAUCAUGUCCUUUCAUUAAAGCUAUAUCCUUAGCAGUUAAAUUAUUAUAAUCAGUCAAUGUAGCAUCAGCUCCAUUAUCUAUUAGUAUUUUUAUUAUGUCUGGUUUGUUUGCUAUUGUUGCAUACAUUAAAGCCUAUAAAGAAAUAAAUAUAUAAAUUUUUCUUUUAAAUUCGUAUUGCAGUGAUAUUCUCAAUAAAGGACUCACAGUUUGAUUUCUACUAUCAUAAGCAUUAAUAUUUUUUACAUAUUUUAAUAAUUCUAUUACAAAUUGUGGUUCUUGCGAUGUACAUGCAUACAUCAGAGGAGUUUGUCUAUAAAACAGAUUUAAUAAGUUUUAGAUUGUAAAACUGUGUGUAAGUCUACUUGUUGCAACUGCUUACCUAUAUUUAUCAAUAGCAUGUACAUUAGCUUUUCCUUUUAUAAGUAAUGUUAAACAUUUUAUUCGUUCUUCUGUUGUAUUUUUUGUGGAACUGCAUAGAGCCAUUAAUGAAGUAUAUCCAUCUGAAAUAUUAUUUGUCAUAAGUCAUAAAAUAUCAUUAUCUAAAAUGUACAAAAUAUAAGAAGAAUAUAAUACCUUUAUGUUGAUUAACAUUAGCUCCAUUUUGUAUUAGGUAUUCAAUGGUUUCUGCUUGAGCACAUGAUGCAGCGUAUAAAAGUGGUGUCCAGCCAUUAUAUAAAAAGCCAUUAAUAUCAUGUGCUAUAUACAUACGAUUAUACAAUAUUAAUGGGAAGUAAUAUUUUAUAUUAAAGAAAGAAAUAAUUAUAAAUCAACAAUGAAAAAUAUUUACACUGAAGAUAUUCCUGAAUGAUUUGCAAAUGACCCGACAUACACGCAUUACUCACAUGAAAUUCAAGAACAUAUUUAUCAUCUAGACCCACAUAGUUAACAAAUGUAUCGAUGUUCUCAGUAGAAUAUUUCUGUAAAUAAAAACUACUAUGUUACAACAAUACAAUUAUUUAAAAGGAAAGCCGGUAUAUCGUCAUAGGUUA